AUGGUCGAUUUCAGCAAUACAGUAAGUGCAGCCUCGACACCUGCUCAGCCACGUGACUAUGCUCAUCGCCCAGAUAUACCACUCCAGGAUCUAAUGCAUGUUCUCUCAUCCUACUCGCUCGCCCGCUUUUCGGCAACAAUGGAUGCCAUCACGAUUCACCCCUUGAUACAUUACUGGGCUCAACAGCGCUUGCCACUGGAACGGAAACGCCAGUUCUCAGAAGAAGCCCUUCGUCUAAUUGCUCGCGCUCUACGUCUAACAGAACAGAGCUAUUCAGCGCAAAAGUAUGCCUUGUUUGAAAGUCGAGUCUCAUCUCAUCUUCACGCCGCCCUCAAGAAUGUUCAGAAUCUGUCGGGGUCCUUGGAACCUGGAAACUCCUACGAUCCACCCAGUGAUAUUUCUCUUCCACAUACACUCUCAGUGGUGUACGCAAUUACAGAAGGGUGGCUUCUUUGGUUGUGGGCGGCUAUCCUCGAUAUCAAGUUAUUUUUCCUAACAAUGCUUUACGAGGAAGAACAGGCCGAAAACGACAUAUGGUGGCUUGCAUACAAGCUGACCAUCGUUUUAAGAAGCCACACCCUGCAUAAAAAUACAGAACAACUAUUUCGCUGGCAAUUUGCAGAGGCAAGAAGAGUACUACACCCCAAACAUCCGCGUGCGUUAUAUAUCGCCGGGGAUAUUGCGUGGAUAGUACUACUCCAGGGUCGCAUCCAGGAGUCAAGAAAGUGGUAUGAAUGGGUCCUAACAUCCAGACAAAGGGUCCAAGGCGAACAACAUUAUGCAACCCUUGGUGCUGUUAUGGGUAUAGCUACGAUACUGGACAAAGAUGGAUCCCAUGAUGAAGCUCUACAACUAAGGAUCAUGGCAUAUGAAGGCCGAGCGGCUAGCUUGGGUAUAGAAAAUUCUUUGACUCUUAAUUCAGCCUAUGCUAUUGGGCAGCAGCUUUCCAAUGAAGGGAAGUAUGAGGAUGCAGUCAAAUGGUUUCAGCUCGUUUUUUAUGCAAGAAAUACAACAUUGGGCUCUGACCAUGCAGACACAUUAAGAAGUGCCUGUCAUAUUAGUCACAGUCUUGUCCUACUGGAUCGACACAGCGAAGCAUUAGAAUGGGACCAGAUUGCAUGGAAAGAAAGAAACAAGACAUUAGGUCCUGACCAUGAAGACACAUUACAAAGUGCCCAUGAUAUUGGGUAUAUUCUUUCCCUACUGGAUCGAUAUAGUGAGGCACUGGCAUGGAGUCAGGUUGCAUGGAAGGAGAGACACAGAACAUUGGGCCCUGAUCAUGAAGACACAUUACAAAGUGCCCAAAACGUUGGUCAAAGUUUAUUCCUGAUGGAUCGACACAGUGAGGCAUUGGAAUGGGACCAGAUUUCAUGGAAAGGAAGAAACAAGACCUUGGGCCCAGACCAUGAAGACACAUUACAAAGUGCCCAUGAUAUUGGUUAUGUUCUUUUCGUUAUGGGCCGAUAUAGUGAGGCACUGGAAUGGAGUCAGCUUGCAUGGAGAGGGAGAAAUAAAACAUUAGGCCCAGACCACCAAGACACACUACAAAGCGCCCUUAAUAUUGGUGAGAUCCUUCUCCCACUGCAUCGCUAUGGUGAGGCAUUGGAAUGGCAUCAGAUUGCAUGGGUAGGGAGAAACAAAACAUUGGGCCCUGACCAUGAAGAUACCCUGGCCAGCUCUCACAAUAUUGGAGAGAGUUAUAAAGCUCUCGGUCAAUAUGAUGAAGCGAUGAAGUGGUUCAAUUUGGCAUUACAGGGUAGCCAGCGGGUAUUAGGCAUGGAUCACGAGGAGACAAGAGUAACCAUGAGAAGCAUCGAGGAUCUGGAACAGAAAAGAGGCAGGAAUAAGUAA